ACUGCAUGACACGUACCUCAAUUCCUAGUGGGGUCCGCAGAAUGGAAUCUCGAAUGAAAGUCAUAAAUAAAAAGAAUUCCACAAUUAUAGCUAUAAGAAGUGAUCAUGGUACAGAAUUUGAAAAUCAACAUUUUGAAAAUUAUUGUAGUGAAAAUAGAAUUAAGCAUAAUUUUUCUGCAUCUAAAACUCCACAGCAAAAUAAAGUAAUAAAAAGGAAAAACAUAACCUUGAAAGAAAUGACAAGAACUAUGUUGUGUGAAAGUAAUUUUCUAAAAUACUUUUGGGCUGAAGCAAUUAACACUUCAUAUCAUAUCUUGGACAUGAUUUUAUUAAGAAAGAAAAUCAAAAUUAAACUACUUCCAUUUACAUAUCUAUAUAUCCUUAUAGAUCGUAUCAUCAAUAAUCGUCAUUUGCCUUACUUUCCGUUUUAUUUAGUCUUCUAUUAGUUAUCACAGUAUUUCUUACCUCCUCGGGACGUGGAACGAGAGAUGCGGAAGCAAAGACGAGAGAGCCAACCCGACUUCCGCGCCCCUCCUCUUCUGGCGGAACCAACCCCACCACCAUUACAGCCAUUGAUGAUAGAGAGAAAUUCCUCCCUUGCGAGAGAUCAUUGGAGAGAAGGAGAGGGAAAAAGAGCUUCGUUCGAACAACCUCCUCUCCUCAACUACAUCUGGUUGGCGGCCAACAUUCUCUCGUUAUUAUUUUUACUUUCCAAUUUCUUAUAAAACUAUUUCCUAUCAAAAUAAUUACAGAAUAUAUAUAUAUAUAAAAACAAAAACAAGAUUCCCUCUCUUUCAAGCCUGCAUCACCAUCGCCCUUCCUUCUCCAAUUUCCCUCUCCUCCCCGGCGGGGCUUGCAGGCUCCUCUAAUCCCUAUUUUGUUAUCUUUUCAUAAAUUUAGUGGUUAAUGCCUUGAGGAAGGGAGAAAGGAGGAAAAGAAAGAACAAAAAGAAGGGAAGAAGAGAGAGGGGGGAAGGAGAGAAAAUGCAGAACAAUUUCCUGACCAGCAUUCGGAGUUUAAAGCUGAUCGACGGGUGCAAAGGGACCCAAGUAUACGCCCUCAACCCGUCCUCCUCCGGCAAUGGCGGGGGCGAUAAGAACCACCUCCGGCCAUCCUUCUCCCUCCGAUCCAAAUCCGUCCAGCACCACCACCACCACCACCACCAUUCCUCCUCCCUUGUCUUCGAGAAUCUUCUGCCCUACGGCCUCCCUUCCGCCGACCAGAUCGACCCCCCCAUCGACCCCUUCCUUCGCCCCGUCGACCCCGUCUCCGCCCUUGCCGCCUCCUUCCGCCGCCUCUCCGACGCCGCCGACCCCGCCACCCUCUGCGACCUCUACCUCGAGCAGCAUUCCUUCCUCCGGCCCCUCGCCGACCUCAAGCUCCUCCGCCGCUCCCUCCGCUCCGCCCGCCUCCACGCCCCCGACGUCCACCACCGCCUCGUACUCUCCGCCUGGCUCCGCUUCGAGCGCCGCGAGGACGAGCUCGACCCCUCCACUCCACCCCUUGCCUCCUGCUCCGGCACCAGCCCCGCCCUCGAGUGCCCCCGCGCUGCCCUCUCCUCCGAACCCCUCUCCCAGUCCUCCCCCUGCCCCUGCCGCCGCGCCGCCGCCGCCGUCAAACCCUCGAUCGCCGAUGAGGAGGAAAGCGAUGUCUGGUUCUGUAUCGGCGACGAGGAGGUGGCCUGCGUGCGGUGUCGCGUGGCCACCCUCUCGAAGCCCCUGUCGACGCUGCUCUACGGCGGCUUCGCGGAAGCCCAGCGGGAGCGCAUCAACUUCACCCACAACGGCAUCUCCGCCCGCGGGAUGAAGGCCGUGGAUGUCUACAGCCGCACCGGCCGCCUCGACGACUUCCCCCCCGACACCGUUCUGGAGCUACUCGCCUUCUCCAACAAGUUCUGCUGCGAGGGGCUCAAGGCCUCCUGCGACGCCAAGCUAGCCUCUCUCGUCCGCUCCACCGAUGACGCCCUCCUCCUCGUCGACUACGCCCUCGAGGAGACCGCCCACCUCCUCGUCGCCGCCUGCCUCCAGGCCUUCCUCCGCGACCUCCCCAAGUCCCUCGCCGAUCCCGACAUCACCUCCGUCCUCUGCACCCCGGAGGGCCACGAGCGCCUCGCUGCCGCCGGCCACUCCUCCUUCGUCCUCUACUACUUCCUCAGCCAGGUCGCCAUGGAGGAGGACAUGAAGUCCAACACCACCGUCAUGCUGCUCGAGAGAUUGGGCGAAUGCGCCGCCCCUGGGUGGCAAAAGCAGCUAGCUUUGCACCAGUUGGGCUGCAUCAUGCUCGAGAGGGGCGAGUGCAAGGACGCCCAGAAGUGGUUUGAGGAGGCCGCCGAGGAGGGGCACGUCUACUCUCUCAUCGGCGUCGCCAGGGCCAAGUUCAAGAGGGGCCACAAGUACACCGCGUACAAGCUCAUCAACAGCCUCAUCAAUGAGUAUGAGCCCGCCGGGUGGAUGUACCAGGAGCGCUCGCUGUAUUGCAUUGGGAAAGAGAAGAUGGCAGACCUCAAGACUGCCACCGAGCUCGACCCAACGCUCUCCUACCCUUACAAGUACCGGGCAAUUGCGCUCAUGGAUGAUGACAAGCUCGGUGCAGCCAUUGCAGAGAUCAACAAGAUUCUUGGCUUCAAGGUCUCGACCGACUGCCUUGAGCUCCGGGCAUGGUUCCUUCUGUCGCUCGAGGACAAUGAGGGGGCGCUGCAGGAUAUAAGGGCUGUCAUGACAUUAGACCCCAACUAUAUGAUGUUCCAUGGGAAGAUACAUGGGGAUCAGCUGGUCGAGGUUCUCCAGCAGCACGUGAAGCAGUGGGAUAUGGUGGACUGCUGGAUGCAGCUCUAUGACAGGUGGUCUGCAGUGGAUGAUAUUGGUUCUCUCGCUGUUGUUCAUCAGAUGUUGGCAAAAGAACCUGGCAACAGCAGUUUGCGGUUUCGGCAAUCUCUUCUACUAUUAAGGUUAAAUUGCCAAAAGGCUGCAAUGCACAGUUUGCGGCUGGCCAGAAAUCAUUCAACCCAUGAGCACGAAAGGCUUGUCUAUGAAGGAUGGAUUUUAUAUGACACUGGUCACCGGGAAGAAGCAUUAGCCAAGGCUGAGGAGUCCAUUGCCAUCCAGAGGUCAUUUGAAGCAUUUUUCCUGAAAGCUUAUGCUCUGGCAGAUACAAGUCUAGAUACUACAUCUUCAGCAUAUGUUGUUCAACUGCUGGAACAGGCCAAUAGCUGUGCUUCUGAUAAUCUUCGGAAGGGGCAAGCAUACAAUAAUAUGGGAAGUAUAUACGUCGACUGCGAUAUGCUGGAUGAAGCUGCAGAAUGUUACUUGAAGGCCCUUGACAUAAAGCACACACGUGCACAUCAGGGUCUGGCGCGUGUUUAUUACCUCAAAAAUCAAAAGAAAGCUGCUUAUGAUGAGAUGACAAAGCUGAUUGAAAAAGCAAAAAACAAUGCAUCAGCAUAUGAAAAACGUUCAGAAUAUUGUGAUCGUGACAUGGCAAAGAAUGAUCUAAAUAUGGCCACAAGGUUGGAUCCAAUGAGGACUUACCCUUACAGAUACAGGGCUGCAGUACUGAUGGAUGACCACAAGGAAGAGGAAGCGAUUGCUGAGCUCUCACGUGCUAUAGCUUUCAAGCCAGACCUCCAGCUUCUACACCUACGUGCAGCAUUCUUCGACUCAAUUAGGGAUGCAGAAGCCACAAUCCGGGAUUGUGAGGCAGCACUUUGCCUUGACCCCACCCAUAGUGAUACUCUUGAUCUCUACAACAAAGCUUGCGGACGAGCUGAUCCACUGAGUAAGUAGAGUGUGCCAUUGUUGUGUGUGUGCUCGACUUUCGAGAGUUGAGAAUGCGGCUUUGGUUGCAUGCUCUUAACAAAGAGGUUAAGGAUGAAGGAUACUUAAGAAGAGCAGGGGCAAGGCAAUGAAAGCAGUAUGUAUAUAUCGAUACAAGAGUCUUGAAAUUUUUGAGGGUAAGACAACAUUGGGCGCACUAUUGGGAAGACCAGUGCUGUGAAAUUGCGUGCAUAUCAAUUUGACUGAUGGCUGCAGCAAAACUGAUGAACUUUUCUUGAGGUUCAUCUAUGUAUUCUCUCGAUGAUCCUCUUCUUUUUUUGCCCCAAAACUUUGAUUGGUGAAACAAAUUUUCCAUGAGUAAGAGAGGCCAGAUGAAUAUUUUUCCUUUGUAUGCGUCUCUUUACAAUCAUCUGAAAAGAAUUAUCGCUCUCAUGCACUCAUAAAGUGAA